CAUUGUCGAGCUCAUCACCAAGCACUUCCGACCUCUUCCACCAUCUUCGUAUGCUUCCCUUCUCGAGGCCCCCUAACACUAAUGCCCAAGCCCAUAUGUAGCCCCGACCGGCGACACGACCGAGCCACGCAUCACCACCUCUCCGCACCGACCCGUGCCCAUGGCAGCCUCAUGCUCCGAGCCAAGGUUCGGGCCCACCCGAGCCCAGUCAUCGAGCUGCACGAGCCCACCUCACCCAAGGUCACAUGCGCAGGUCAGGUCCGGGUCAAGCCCAGGCGCGCGUGCAAGACUUGGCAAUCAGCGAUGGAAGAGAUAGAGAAGCUUCAUGCUAACAAGCACAGGGGCAAUUCUGGCCGCCCGAUCGGCAGCAAAUUUGCGGAGGCCGUACAUUUCUUGACUGCUCUGACAAAAUUCCGGUUCCAUUUUCGUUGCUUCGGCGGUUUUCCGUCCUCCUAUUCUUCAUCAGAUGAAGAAGAGGAAGAGGAGGAAGAGGAAGAGAGAGAAGCAGAGGGGGGAGGAGCUGGCACUGUAUUUGCUAAAUGGUUCAUGAUAUUGCAGGAGGACCCAGAUAAGAAAACCCACCUUAAUGGGAUGAGAGAGAAAGUGGGGUUAGAGAGAGAAAGAGGAUUUGUUGGGGGAGAGAGAGAGAAGGGGAAAUUUGGGGAGGAGAGAGAGGAGGAGGCUCCAACCGUGCCCCCUCCAAAUGCCCUGUUAUUGAUGAGGUGCAGGUCGGCUGCAUUAAAGGGGUGGGAAGAAGAGGAGAAGGUUGAAUUGAAGACAGAAAGAGGAGGAGAGAGAAAGCAUGGUUUUGAUUGUUUCAGAGUUUCGCCAGAAAUUUCAAGGGAGACGUGGGUGAAGAAGUCGGAUUAUUUGUCGGGAAGCCGGAGUUGGAAGAGAUAGAAAACUUUUCCGGCGUGUUUUUCCGGUGAAGUGUUGGAGUUGUGUAUGGUUUUGGGGUUGUGUACAGUUUAGAAGAGAAGCGCAAUUGAUCGAAAAGGCUGAAACUUUUCCGAAAGUAAAGCUCUUGUUUUUCGUCUUCUUUUUCUGAGAUUUCUCAUUUUUUAUUCCCAAUUUUUUUUUUGGGUGCUGUCCUCCUCCUUUCUCUUACUUCUUUCUCACUCUUCCUCCCACUCCGAAUCCAGAGAUAUGUUCCGGAUUGAAUAAAAAUUGGUUUGAUGCACGCGCCAAGCGUAUCACAAUCUCAAAGUAAGACAAAGAAGAUCGUUUGUAUUUAUGUGUAUCUUAUCUUGUUGUCAUUAGUUUGGUUUGAAUGUAUGCGUUCAAUGGAUAUGUGAUUUAUUUAUGCAGUUAUGGAUAUGGAUGGCCAGUGGUGGACUAUAUUGUAGUAAAAUGAAAUCGACGCAUCUAUGUGAUUGAACCUCAUUUUAUUUAUUGGCUUGGGAUCUUUUCA